GUCGUAUGAAGACGAAUACACAAAUUCAGUAAAAAUCAGCGGUUAAAUCCUGCCUUUGUCCCGUUGAACAGAUAAUCAGGGGCCAGCAGAUAAUGGAGACCAUACCAGUGAAGGUCCUCUGGCAAUGUGGUCAGUUCAGGGUGACCAGGUCAUCACCACCACCAACUCAGGGGAGGCAACCUCAGAUGUCAAGUCAGUCCACGUGGUGGUAUCUGUACAACCUGAGGAGAAGUCCCAUCGGUCAGCAGUGUAUAAGGAGAGGAGGUCCGGGAGAAUCCCAUCCAGGAAGCGGAAUGUUCCAUUCAAAUUUAGAGACUACAGGAAUCCAGACCUGGUAGAUGAGGAGAAUGAGGAGGAGGCUGAAGAGAAUUUCACACCUGAGGAAGAGUUCCGGAGUGUGUCCCUGGUCAAGCGGUCAGCCACAACCUCCACACGCAAAAGGGGAAGACCAAGAAAGCUGCCUCUCUAUGACACCCCUGUAGCACAAGAAAUAAUAACUCUAGAUCCUAAUGCAGUCAACAGUUUGGGGAUGGGGAAUGAAGACGUCAGUAUUGUGAUCAUUCAGCAAGGGUUAGAGGGAGAGGACAUCAUCCUGCAGACAGACGGGGGUCAGGUGCUGACCGGUACACUGGACACAGAUCAGACCACAAACCCACCGACAGAUGGUCAAGUGCUGACCGGUGCACUGGACACAGGUCAGACCUCAAACCCACCGACAGAUGGUCAAGUGCUGACCGGUGCACUGGAUACAGGUCAGACCACAAAUUCACCUCAAGAACAGAACACGACGGAAGAGGCAGUGAAGAGCGAGGGAUGUAUAGUGCACAAUUCUACUGAUAACAAACUCCAGCACGACGAGGAAGUGAGCAGUAGGACAGAAGAAGAGGCGGGGGAGACUGGAGGUGAAGGGAUAGGGGUAGAUGUCAACAUAAAGCAGGAAGAAAAAGAGGAAAGUUCAGAGGCGUGGGAGUGGGAGAAAGAAUCCCAAAGUGAGAAUGUUCCAGUGGAAUCGGACGUUAAAUCGAGCCAGAAACCUCGAACUGUCUACCUCAAUAAGAAACCGCGUCGGGCCGGGAAAAAAAACAAUGUAGUGAUGGUGUAUUCUUGUGGAGUUUGUGUGAAAAAGUUUUCAUCUAAAGGAAAUUUGAAAACUCACAUGAAGAUCCAUUUAGGAGAAAAGCCUUUCCACUGUAAUUUGGAGAACUGCACCAAGACAUUUAGGAGUAAUGAAGCACUCCGGAGACACAAAAUGUCACACUUAGGUAUUAAGCCUUUCCAGUGUAAUUUCUGUCAGAACAAGUUCUCCAGUAACGUGAGUCUACAAGAACACAUGUCGCGUCACACGGACAGCAAACCACACCAAUGUCACAUAUGUCAGCGUAACUUCCGGCAGAUCAGCUGUUUACGACGACAUCUUGUUACCCACUCCUCGGAUACGCCGUUUGCCUGUAAUCUCUGUGGGCGGAAAUUCUCCCAAAAUAUGUACCUCAGGUCACACAUGAAAAUGCACACAGGAGAGAGACCAUUUAAGUGUAAAUUGUGUGAUAAAGCCUUUGCUCAUCAAUCGGAUCUCAACAGACACAAAAUUGUUCAUUCAGGAGAAAAGCCAUAUGAAUGCGAGGUUUGUGGCACUCGAUUUAGCGACCCUUCCAGUAAAAGGCGGCACGAACGCGAACACGUGGGAACCAAACCGUAUGUCUGUCAACUUUGUUAUGAAUCUUUCAAACGGGCUGGACAAUUAAAGGCUCACCUGAGCAGGAAACACUUGCACCAGAAGGAUGACGUCCAGGUGAUCCGCACGAGCACAGGUGCCCUACAGUUUGUGUUCCCUAAUGCUGACCAGUCUAUUAGCCAACAGGACAUAGCAGCAUCAAUGCUGAGUGACCACCAUACUCUAGUGAAACAGAAAAAAAUUGUGAAGUUAAUCCAGGAUCUCAACACUUCCAUACAAAAUGUCCCUAUCAACCCACCACCCCACGAUUACUCUGCCACCGAGUCGACGUCUGUGCUGGAUGAAGAGAGGCAGGAAGAAAUGUCAGUCGACUCAGUGAUUAAUGAUGCAUUAAGCAAAACUCAGGGAUUGACUUCACAGGGAAGAGAACAGAAAGUACAGACUCUGCCCGUGUCUUCUUUUGAUAGUUCUCAGAUGUCCGAACCAACAGUAGUAACCAUCGCAGAGGUUCUGGACAAUGGUCACAUCCAGACGAUUAAGUCCGAGGACUGCGUUCCUGUGGAGUACCUCCAUAUUAUCGAGGAACUGGCACCCGAGUCUCUGGAACAACAAGUGGUGGAGGUCCACUACCAAGACUCAGGGCAGAGCACGGAAUCCGACCAAUCCAAGCAGGUGUUUUCUCACCAGAACAGGGAACCUGAAACUGCAACAAGCUCAGCCCCGGAUCCCGAAACUUCAACUAGCUCAGUCCAAGAUCAGUCCUCGGACUCCACCUCCAUGGAUUACGUCAAUCAUCCGGACUUCAGCAGCCAGGCGUACUAUAACUGGCUGUGUAGUUUCACCGAGCUGUGCAAGGUUAUGCCGAUGCCUCUCGAUGUAUCGCUGUUCCAGAAAAUCAGUCAGGUGCACAAACAUUUGUCUGACGUAAUGGCCACUCCCUCCGGGGUUGUAGCAGACAAGGAGAAUUUUAAAACGUUGAUGAAUAUUUCCAAAGAAUUGAAUACCAUUAUCAACGAGCAUUUAUUUUAUGUCAUGCAGAAUUUAGAUGCCAUGGAAGACAAAGAGUGAUGGUUUGUUUUGUCCGAGUCGGAAUGUUGCAUUUGAUAUUUCUGUAAACAAUCAGGAUAUUUGUGUUGCUGUACAUGGUACAGUGUAUUAUGUAUGCGAGUUGACAGUUUAUAAAUUUGUGUUCUUUUCAAAAGAGAUUUGUGUUUGUAACUGUUGAUUGUAUUUAUUAUUUAUUUUCUAUAGGUCUAUAUGCUUUAAUAUUGACUGUAUUUAUUAUUUAUGGGUCUAUACGCUGUUGACAAUUCACUAAUGUUUUUGACAGUAAUAAACCUAUGCUGUUUCA